UUUUUUCGUGAAGCCAGCCAGAAGACAUUGUUACCGGCAUCUCACUAGUCAUCAGAUGUGGUGAGCUGCCCAGAGAAAAGAAACCUGCGGUGCGAGGUCGCAACUGACAAAACGCUUCCUACAACCGAAGCGGCGCGCUGCUCGCAGCCUCCGAUGCAGUGCUGAAACGGCAACUUGAUGCGAAAAUUCUAGGUUUCUGUUGUGUCAUGUCAUGCUCUGCAUACCCUGUGUGAACUAUCGAAUAAUGUUGGCAACCGCACCGCACCGCACUUGGCUUCCCAUGACCGGGAGGAUCAGUGUGUCGAUCCAGAAAUUGUUCACUGGCUCCUGGCUCGCUAAUAUUAACACCAUCUGACUGAUCUGACAGCUUGUAAAAUUUCACUGCUGGUUUACGCAAGGCUGCACUGAACAAGCUUGCUAGAAGAGGCAAGUUAAAGCACUAAUUAGUCUACAAAUUAGUGACUCGUCUCGGCGGUCAACUGAACGGUAAACAGUGGAAAGUGGAUGAUCUUUCUCUGCAAUCCGUAAAGCGGUCAACUACACCGACGGUAGCAUUGUUUUGCACACCAACUUAUCACCUACAAAAGCGACGCGUCCUGGAUCGAUUGCAAAUCUACCCCCAACCAACCCAGCUUUGUAUCUGCUAACUGUGAUCACCAAAGUUGUGCUGAUACGAUGUGCAAUUCUCGCUCUUUCUUCUCUAGAAUGUUCCUGCCGAUGCUUUAUAAGAGAAGGUUGGUCAGCAUAUCGAUCUCUGCCAGUGUCUAGCUGAGAACAUGGUGACCUCAAGCAAGGGCAAGGUAUGUGUAACCGGGGCCUCAGGCUUUGUUGCCUCUUGGCUUAUCAAACGGCUCCUCGAGUCUGGAUAUCAUGUGGUAGGGACUGUCAGGGACCCAGCCCACCUUUGGAAAUUACCUGGCGCUAAAGAGAGGCUGCAAAUCGUGCGAGCUGAUCUGUUGGAAGAAGGGAGCUUCGACAGCGCCGUGAUGGCCUGUGAGGGUGUAUUCCACACUGCAUCCCCCGUCCUCGCUAAACCAGACUCUACUAGCAAGGAGGAAACGCUCGUUCCUGCGGUGAACGGUACUCUGAACGUGCUGAGAUCGUGCAAGAAGAACCCCUUCCUGAAAAGGGUCGUCCUUACGUCUUCGUCGUCUGCGGUGAGGAUCAGGGACGACGGCCAGUCCAGCAGUAACAUCUCGCUGGACGAAACGGCAUGGAGCUCCGUGCCACUCUGCGAGAAGAUGCAUCUAUGGUAUGCCCUAGCCAAGGUAUUUGCAGAGAAAGCGGCGUGGGAGUUCGCCAAGGAGAACGGCAUCGACCUUGUGACUGUCCUCCCGUCGUUCGUGAUCGGGCCCAGUUUGUCCCACGAGCUAUGCGUUACCGCUUCAGACGUCCUAGGCCUAUUCCAAGGCGACACGGCAAGGUUCAGCUCGUACGGAAGAAUGGGAUACGUCCACAUCGACGACGUUGCGAGCAGCCACAUCCUGGUGUACGAGGCCCCCCAGGCCGCCGGGAGGUACCUGUGCAGCUCAGUGGUGCUGGACAACGACGAGCUGGUCUCCUCGCUCGCGAAACGCUACCCGAUAUUCCCCAUACCCCGGAGGCUGAACAGCCCCUACGGCAAGCAGUCGUACCAGCUGAACACGUCGAAGCUGCAGGGGCUGGGCUUCAAGUUCAGAGGGGUGCAGGAGAUGUUCGACGACUGCGUACAGUCGCUCAAAGACCAGGGACACCUGCUGGAGUGCCCCCUGUGAACUGCGAUGGGGUGCCUCCGCCUGUGAACGCGCCGGUUGGGUUGCGUCCCGAACCCGCUGUUAAUUCGUUUUUUUUUCUUCAAUAAUUCCACGUCAUGUCACGGUGUCCUCGCGCAGACUGCUACUGUCAGGGCGUCAUAGCUCACGGGCUCUCCGGCUACAUGAAUAAAAAUGUCACGCUCGUCAUUUGCUUUGCCUUU